AACUUUAAUUCUGGUUUAAGACGUAUUCGUGCCAGGACAUCGCCAUCAUGAAUUUCAUUUUAUCGUUCUUAAUGCUUUUGUGUCUGUCUUUUAAGGCAGUACAUGGUGUGGUUAUAAAUAUCGAAGAGAAGUCAAAGAGUACUGAUUCCAAUAGUGAUGAGAUUACUGAAGAUGAUGACAAAGUUGUUCUGAAAAAACUAACGGUUAUGGAUAAAAAGAUAAGUAGAAUCUUGGCAACGAUUAACGGCGACGGCGACACCAUAAUUUAUCAAGGGUGUCCAAAUGGUUGGGUGUCCUUCAAUGCUUCAUGUUACCUCUUUGGCUCUGACAAGCUUAACUUCGUUGCAGCGCAGGAGUAUUGUCAGCUACGUCGAUCUCAUCUGGUUAGCGUAGAAACUACAGACGAAACUGCAUUCUUGAAAAUAUUCAUGAAGUCUAUCGAAGGAGAACAAAAAGGUGCGUCCUACUGGCUGGGACUGACGGAAAACGCGACCAACAACAGUUGGGUUUGGCAAGAAGGCGAUACAAAAGCUACUUUCUUCGAUUGGGCCUCCGGGGAACCUGAUAAAGGAAGAACUGAGGGUUGUGUCUGGUUUGAACAAAUAAAAAGUUAUCAGUGGUCAGACGUUAGUUGCAGUCGAACAACGAGGCCAGUGUGUGAGAAAACGUAACUAGAAGAACAUCGUGGAUUGGGAAUAGCGUGCCCUAGUAGCAUCUUUUUACAGACUAACAAUACAGUAUUAUAAGUAUACAUUGUUCUUCGUGAUUCUACAGUUUACUCGUUGCCAGAAAGGAAAAUCUACGUUAAUACUUUGACCUUUACAACAUUACAUACUUUAAAAUUCUUUCACUGGUAGUAGGUGCAGAUGGGAAUAUCCAGCUCGAGGGUAACUUUAGUCUCGGUAACAACGUAGCGAGGCUCUGCCGUGUUACCGCGUAAACAGUUAUCCGAGAGUCGGAUAUUUCCGUUCGCAACUACAGCAUGUGGUAUAUAAUCUUUUUCUUGCAUGCCAUAUUCAGGAAACAGUAGUUAAAAUUAAAUGAAACGAAUGACUUUCUUUAAAGCAUUUUUUCUUAAAGUAGCGGUUUUCUUACAGUAGCGUAUUUAAACAAAGCGCGGGAAAUCAAUGUCCGUGAAUAGGAAAGAUGUCAUGACGUUUCAUAGAAAAAUAACGAUGUUUAACGAGUUGAAUAAAAUUAUAUAGUGCGAGGCUCUACCGAGCAUGUUAUCAAUUUUAUUUUACGAGUUUAUUUAAUUCAAUGUGGAAAUAUAAAAAUGUUAAAUACUUUCAUCACAUGUAAGCUUUUCCUGCUGAAACAUCAACUUUUCUUAUUUUUACCUAAUAUAGACCAAGUUAAUUCGACCAGCUUCUCCUAUAUAUAAAACGACGCCAACGUCGAAGCUUUAUUCCACUAGCGUAAUAUCAAAUUUAUGUAAUGGCUCUAUUUCACUCCAACGACGUCAAGCAUGUGAUACUUUUCAUAAAAUAAUGUUUAUAAUCGUCUAUAAGUUACAAAGUGGAACUUUCAAGGUAUUUGAUUUUUAUCUCGUUUUUUUUUGUUAUUAAAUAUAAAUUACUGCAUAACUCCUCUAAAAAGAUGUAGUUUAUACGUCAUUGGAAGCACGAGAGUCAUCUUACACCCAAAGGUGUGUAAGAUGGAGUUUUCCGGCACUGUUGAAUCACCGGAAACUGGCAUGCGAGAAAAGGUUAAACAAAAACGGUAUAUUAUUUAAAGAAAACCGAGGCAUAUUUGAAAAGCUGUUUUGUUUGACAUAUUUUUUAUUUUAUUUUCGUUUCAUGUGUUUUCAUAGAGGGAGAUAGAGAGAGAGAGAGAGAGAGAGAGAGAGAGAGAGAUCUGAACAAUUCUUUAAAACUGUAUCUAAAGGGGUGGCGUUCUCAUUGCUUAAAGAUUUUCCGUACUUUUUAAUUAUUGUUUGUGAGAGUGUUUUUUUCAAUAAGAAUAGGGAAUAAACGGUAACAGAGCUUAAAUUCUUGCGUAAAAGUAAUCUUUUCUUUAUGCGCAUCACAUGUAUAUAAAAGCCAUUUCUCUUGCCGCACGCCCUGUGAAAUUGUUAUUAAUUAUCUAACGUUAUCGUACUUUGUAGUCCACUAAUUUCAACUUUGUGAUUACACCUUCACUUCUGUUCAAUACUUAUUACAUAAGGAAUGUUUAGAAAGAGCAAAAAACGCAGUUAAAUCAUAACACCAUUAUUCGGCAUUUGGACCAUAUCAUAUUACUCCCACUGUGUUAGUUCUUAGAUAAUUUCAUGACUCACUAAAUGCUGUACUUACAAAAUAAAGAAUUAUCAUACUUGUC